GCUGGGAGCCGGCUUUGGUCUCAGCAAGCCCUGGCCCCAGCCCGUCAAUCUGCACCUCAGGACCUGGCCUUCGGCCUGCAGGGUUCAGGAGGGGGCAUGAGCAUGGAGCGGCUUCGGUCUCUACUCCAGACGGCUGCGCAACCCUCUCAGAGCAUCUAUAGAAGGGUGGAAGACUCCCUCCAGGGGCGCCUGGAGGAGGAAAAGGAAGACCAGGAGGAGGGGGCCGAACUGCCGGCCCACUUCUGUCCCAUGGAGCUGAAGGGCCCUGAGCCUCUGGGCACUAGACCCGGGCUGCAAAACAUACCCUGGGCAGCAGCAGGACGCAAGGCUGCCCCCUACCUGGUCUUGACGGCCCUACUGAUCUUCACAGGGGCCUUCCUCCUGGGCUAUGUGGCCUUCCGAGGGUCCUGCCAGGCAUGCGGGGACUCCGUGUUGGUGGUCAGCGAGGACGUCAACUCUGAGCUGGGCCUGGACUCCCACCAAGGCACGCUGUACUGGAGUGACCUCCAGGCCAUGUUGCUGCGGUUCCUGGGGGAGGUGCACCUGGAGGACACCAUCAUGCAAAUCAGCCUUCUGGACCGCAUGGCGGGCUCGGCCGGGAUGGCCAGCCUGGCCCAGGACAUACUUGCAUUGCUGUCCAGCCUGAAGCUGGAUCACGUGUGGACCGACACCCACUAUGUGGGGCUGCAGUUCCCCGACCCAGCUCACCCCAACACCUUGCACUGGGUCGACGAGGACGGAAAGAUCGGGGAGCAGCUGCCUCUGGAGGACCCUGACGCCUACUGUCCCUACAGCGCCACCGGCAACGUCACGGGAAAGCUGGUGUACGCCCACUAUGGGAGGCCAGAGGACCUGCAGGACCUUAAGGCCCGAGGUGUGGAGCCGGCCGGUUGCCUCCUGCUGGUCCGCGUCGGGGUGACCAGCUUUGCGCAGAAGGUGGCCACUGCACAGCAUGCUGGGGCCAUUGGGGUGCUCCUGUACCCUGACCCAGAAGACUUCUCCCGGCGUCCUGACAGGCCAGGCCUGUCCAGCCAGCGAGCUGUAUACGGACACGUGCACUUGGGGGCUGGGGACCCCUACACGCCUGGUUUCCCCUCCUUCAAUCAAACCCAGUUCCCCCCAGUGGCAUCUUCGGGCCUCCCCAGCAUUCCUGCCCAUCCCAUCAGUGCUGACAUUGGUUACCACCUGCUGAGGACACUUAAAGGCCCAGUGGCUCCUUGGGAAUGGCAGGGACACCUAGAGUCCCUUUAUCAUCUGGGUCCUGGGCCAGGCCUCCACCUCACAGUCAACAACCACAGAACCUCCACUCCCAUCAGCAACAUCUUUGGGUGCAUUGAGGGCUUUGCAGAACCAGAUCACUAUGUUGUCAUUGGGGCCCAGAGGGACGCAUGGGGCCCAGGGGCAGCCAAGUCUGCAGUGGGGACUGCCAUUCUGCUGGAGCUGGUGCAGGCCUUCUCCUCCAUGGUGAGCAAUGGCUUCCGGCCCCGCAGGAGUCUGCUCUUCAUCAGCUGGGACGGAGGCGACUUCGGCAGUGUGGGCUCCAUGGAGUGGCUGGAGGGCUACCUCAGUGUGCUACACCUCAAAGCUGUGGUCUACGUGAGCCUGGACAAUGCAGUGCUGGGGGACAGCAAGUUCCACGCCAAAACCAGUCCCCUUCUGAUCAGCCUCAUUGAGAACAUUCUGAAGCAGGUGGACACCCCCAACCACAGUGGGCGGACUUUGUAUGAACAGGUGGUGGCCACCAAUCCCAGCUGGGAAACAGAGGUGAUCCGGCCUCUGCCCAUGGACAGCAGUGCCUACUCCUUCACGGCCUUUGCCGGGGUCCCUGCGGUGGAGUUCUCCUUCUUGGAGGAUUACCAGGAAUACCCAUUCCUGCACACGAAAGAGGACACCUAUGAGAACCUACACAGGGUGCUUCGAGGCCGCCUGCCUGCUGUGGCACAGGCCGUGGCCCAGCUCACUGGGCAGCUCCUCAUCCGGCUCAGCCAUGACCACCUCCUGCCCCUUGACUUCGGCCGCUACGGGGAUGUGGUCCUCCGACACAUCGGCAACCUCAACGAGUACUCUGGGGACCUCAAGGCCCGUGGGCUGACCCUGCAGUGGGUGUACUCAGCGCGGGGUGACUACAUCCGGGCAGCCGAGAAGCUGCGGAAGGAGAUCUACAACUCGGAGGAGAGCGACGAGAGGCUGAUGCGCAUGUACAACGUGCGCAUCAUGCGGGUGGAGUUCUAUUUCCUGUCCCAGUAUGUGUCACCGGCUGACUCCCCAUUCCGACACAUCUUCCUGGGCCGUGGAGACCACACGCUGGGUGCCCUGCUGGAUCAUCUACGGCUGCUGCGCCCUGAAGCCUCCCAGUCGCCCAAGGCCUCCUCUGGGCUGCUGCCCAGCGUGAGCUUCCAGGAAAGUCUCUUCCGGCGCCAGUUGGCCCUGCUCACCUGGACGCUGCAGGGUGCAGCUAAUGCACUUAGCGGUGAUGUCUGGAACAUUGAUAACAACUUCUGAGACCUGCAGGCCCUGGACCCACAUUCCCCUGGUGACAGCUCUUCCCCUCCCUGCUUGUGCAGUGGAGGGUGAAGGACGUGACUCUGUGUGCCUCUCAUUGUGACCAUUAAUCCUCACAGUCUCUGUGCCAUGGGUCUGGCACAGACAUCCAUACAUCUUUAGACCUUCCUUAAUGUGACAGUCACACCAUCGGUUAAUCAGGAGCAGCAGCCCCUUGGGCAACCACAGCCCCUUGCCCCUCGAGAACAGGAUCUCCAUACCUAAAGCCCAUGAGAAGCCUUGCUGGGCCCUGCACCCGGCCAGCUACCUUAGUGGGAGAGAUGUCCUGGCUCCUCAGCCUUAUUAUGGUCCACAGGUGGUCUGUGGUAGGAGGGACAUGGGGUUUGCAUGUCAAUAAACCACCCGUGACAUCUGUUGUUCAUAAAUACCUUAUGUGUCCUCUUCA